UCUUACACAUCCUAACAAAUUGCAUCACCAUUACACAAUUUCCCCUUCCCCUCCCAUUCCUCUUCCGCGCUCGGUGCUACCUCUCUCCAUGGGAAGACCUCCCUGUUGUGACAAAUCAAACGUGAAGAAGGGCCUCUGGACUGCAGAGGAAGAUGCCAAGAUCCUUGCAUACGUCUCCAACCAUGGAAUUGGCAACUGGACUUUGGUCCCAAAGAAAGCAGGACUAAACAGAUGUGGGAAGAGCUGCAGGCUCAGGUGGACUAAUUAUCUGAGGCCUGAUCUCAAACAUGACAACUUCACUCCUCAAGAGGAAGAAACCAUCAUUAAUCUUCAUAAACUCAUUGGUAGCAGAUGGUCCUGCAUUGCAAAGCACCUGCCAGGAAGAACAGAUAAUGAUGUCAAAAAUUACUGGAACACCAAGCUGAAGAAGAAGCUUUGCAAGAUGGGAAUUGAUCCUGUCACCCAUAAGCCCAUGUCUCAGGUCAUCUCCGAUUAUGGGAACCUCAGCUGUGUCCUUCCGGUCACCGGAAACCCAACGGAUUCCUUUGGUAAGAACCUGAACAACAACACAUUGGUCAUGUCCAGAUCACAUGAACCAUCAUCUUCAAGAACUACUCUGUUUCAGGAAAACUACCCAUCUGACGUUAUUAGCAACCCUCCAUGGGAUUUCCUGGCUCAGCUUCAAAUCUCCAACCAAGACUCGCAAAAUUUCUUCAAUGAAGUCAAUUCAUCUUCUUCAUCCUCUUCUUCCCCCACUUUCCCACAGCUGAGCUCGCCGCCGGAGUCCUCCUUCCAACUCCAUCAGCCUCACCAGAUCUCCCUUUCUUCUUCCUUCAGCUGGAGUGAGUUCCUGCUCAAUGAUCCUCCCCUGCCUGCAAAUCUCCAGCAACAACCGGAGGUUCCCGGAGCUUUGAAGCAGCAAGAAACAACAGAGUGCAAGUUCAAUGGCGGAAACAACAAUGUUUCAUAUGAUUGUGCGGCUUCUUCUUCUUCAUCGUCUGCAAGUUCGUUUGUGGAUGCCAUCUUGGAAAGGGACAGUGAGAUGUGUUCCCAGUUUCCUGAACUCCAUUACGGUUCCUUUGAUUACUGAGUAUUUCUGUGGCAAAAGACCUAUGCAAUUGAAAAUUAGAUGAGCAUGAAAUUAAUACUACUACUAACAUAAGUAUGUUUUUAAUCAUUUCUCUUUUAUGUGUGUUGUUCACCUCCUAUUUAGAUUAGCAAUGAAAAUGCAAUAAUUAA